GUUUGAGCAGGGUUGUCGUUCGCGCCAUUCCGAUACGUGUUGUUUAUUUCUGUGUCAACUCAAAACUUUUGUAUACAAAAAUUAUAAUGGAACUUAGGUGAAAUGAAAACUUUGAAAAUAGUGAUGUGGUCGUAUUAGGACAGUGUAUUAAAUUUAAUUGACUGUUUUAAAACAUAAUUUAAGAUGCGUACGAAUACGAAGACAGUUGUUUUGAACUUUUGUCUUGUUUUGGGUGUGAUGAACGUUGCAGAGGCGGGGAUUAUCAGUGAUCAGUGCGACUGGACUGGCAGCGGGCUGUCAGUGUCGGGGGGUCGCAGCGAACGCGCGGUGACGCCGGUGUACCUGCGGUGCCGCGCGGGCAGCGUUUCAUGGCUGUACCCGCGUGGCGCACUACGGCUGUCUCUCCGGCCGCCACUGCCUGCACCGGACAAAGAUUUCAACCUCUGCAUACGCGUCAUCCGACGACCAGACCCGCCGGAGUUCUUUACUGAUCUGCAGUUCAAUGAUACUGAACCAGGCGAAAGAUUUCCCGCCCGCAUCUUCUUGGAAGGUGCUCGGAAGCUAGUGCCACUGUACGCGCCUGACGACGGGGACCCGCGAGAGGUGCGAUGCGUGCGCAGCCGUCGCGGUCGCGCAGCCCUAUACGUAGAGGCGGAGCCCGAGACCGACGCCCGACGGAGGGUCGCCACCUUUAAGUACGAAGCCAGGCCACUGAGCACGCAACACUAUGACCCGGCGACAGCUGACUGCAGACCAUGCUCUGACUCUGAACUCGAGCUGGCCUUCUGUACAAGCGAUCUAGUGUCGCGAGUGAUGAUAGUAGGCAGCGAGCAGCGUGAGGAUCUGGAUACCACUCAACUGACGAUGCGUCUGACGCGGCUUCUGCGCGCCUCCGCGCCCGCUGACCCCGCCGCAUCCCACACACUGCACGCUACCGAUCUCACACAAGACGAAUACUAUAGGUACGAAGGUGACAAUACAUUGUCGCAGUCAGAGAAGUCUCAAGAAGCGCUGCACGCGCACGUGCACGUGUGGUCAGGCUGUGGAGCGUCCGCGGGCGGCGGAGAGUUUGUUGCAAUGGCGCGCCGCCGCCUCGGCCGACUGUCGCUAGUGUGCGCGCCGCGACUGCAGCACUGGCGCCGCCUUGUGGAGCUCCGCAGAAACGCCAGCGACGCACAUUGCACUCUCCACUCAUAGCGACGCGAACACCAACUUGCUAUAUGACGUCACAAAUGUGCGUAAUACUAAGCAACUUAUAAGUACUCGAGUACUUCAAGCCACAUGUAGACUUUUCUGACGAUUGCUGCAACGCUCUCAUCACGUCAUAGCUACAAAUUGACGUAGUACUUGACGCGUGUCCUGUGCAACGUAAGCUAAUCUGACGUCAAAACUGACGCUGACGUCAUAUUGAGCUGCAUUUGUGGUAAAGUUCAAACAUAACAAAUCUUUUUUAUUUUAAGUAAAAAUGUCAUGAAUCUUCAA